AUGGUCAAGUCUACCCUUAUUUAUAGAUAUGAUGCCCUUCCUCUAUGUGGUUCUUUGGAUGACCAAAUCACUCCAGAAUUGAAUGACUUGAAAAAGAAAUGCAAGAUCAUUAUAAGUAGGAUUACUCCCAACUCUGCACCACAGGCUACUAUCGAAUCUGGGAACUUCAAUGUCCAUUAUCUCAACCAAAAUAACAUUAUCUACCUCAUUAUCGCUGAUCGCUCAUACCCAAGAAAGUUAGCGUUUCUGUACUUGUCUGAGGUUGCCAAUGAGUUCGGCAAUAGUCAUGGCAGAGAAGCCAUGAGCAACGCAGCUCGUCCAUAUGCAUUCAGCUCAUUCGAUAACUUUCUCAGUAAAACUAAAAAGCUCUAUCAAGAUGAACGUGCUCAUUCAAAUGUUGAUAGACUCAACAAUGACUUGGCAGACGUCAAGAGAGUCAUGACCAAGAACAUAGAAGAUUUGUUAUAUCGUGGAGACUCUUUGGAUAAAAUGAGUGACUUAUCCUCGAGCUUGCGUAAUGACUCCAUCAAGUACAGAAAGAAGGCUCAGCAGAUCAACUUCGAGGCCAUGCUUAAGCAGUACGCACCUAUUGCGGGAGCUGGGCUCUUCAUUGUAUUCGUGAUCUGGUAUAUGUUCAUCCGCCGCUAG